AUGGAUAGAAUUUCUUUGGCGGAUAUUUAUACUUUUUGUAGUGCUACUCCGAACACACGAAAUAUGGUUGAAGGAGAAAAUAUCUUAAAUAGUGGACAUCUAAUAAAUUGUGGAUAUAUUAUUAGUAAAGAUUUAAAGGAAAUUAAUAUAUUAGGUAUGUGUUUACAAACUUCAGCAAUAAGGGAUAAACCACAUAAUAAAACUGGAAGCUUACAAUUAAAUGAAAAUGGUUUAAAAGUAACAAAAAUAUUAUGUACAUGCAAAGCCGGAAAUAGUCAAAAGUGCAAACAUAUUGUGUCAACAUUACUUUAUCUGAACAGGAAUGGGAUUAGUUCAUUAGAACCUAUUUCUCAAACUGAUUUAAAGUGUUCUUGGAGUGGACAUUAUUUGGACGAGGUGGAAAUUUAG